AUGACGUUUGUGAGUAUAGCAGAAUAUUUAACUGAAGAAUUAUGGUGUAAAGAAUGUAUUAAUUCUUUAGAAAAAUUAGCAAAAAAUGGUGAUAAAAAAGCAAUGUUUAAUUUAGCUAAAUGUUAUCAUGGUGGAAAUGGAACAGAAAACAACUUUGAGGAAGCCUUCUAUUGGUAUCAAAAAUCAGCAGAAAAUGGUUAUACUUAUGCAAUGUUUAAUUUAGCUUACAGUUAUAGUAAUGGAGAAGGUAAUUUAGCUAAAUGUUAUAAAAAUGGAAAAGGAACAGAAAAGAAUUUUGAAAAAGCCUUUUAUUGGUAUCAAAAAUCAGCAGAAAAUAGUUAUACUUAUGGCAAUGUUUAA